UUGUUUAUCUGUUAAUGAUCAUUGCCAGCUUCCUUCUCUACCCAUUUUCCUCUGGUUUUCGAGCUUCAUAGCUACCCCGAAACACCAUUUUUUUAGGUAUUACAUAUUGAGGUUUUUAGCCUUUUUUUAAGAACAAAAUGUUGGUUUUGAGCUCUGGGUUAUUUCUGGUAAAGGAAACAGGAGCAGUCGUGCGACAAUCCUAUCUGGCUUUGCAACUUUGGAGUAAAAGGAUCAUGAUUUUGAGCUCUAGCACAUAUUUUUGUUGAUACUCUGGUUGGAAUAUUCCACAACCAAAGAUAUUUCUAGAAUUUUAUUGGAGCUGGUGUGGUUGAAUGAAGAGAAACCAUUAGAAUAUCUUUCAAAUGGCUACUGGGGUUCAAAAUCAAGAGAGAGUGCCAGUGAACCUGAAGAAACAGCUCGUUCUUGCUGUGAGAAACAUCCAGUGGAGUUAUGCAAUUUUCUGGUCCAUUUCAGCUGGACAGCCAGGGGUCUUGGAGUGGGGUGAUGGCUAUUAUAAUGGAGAUAUAAAGACAAGAAAAACAGUUCAAGCUGUAGAGCUCAACGCUGACCAACUGGGUUUGCAGAGAAGUGAGCAACUGAGAGAACUUUACGAGUCCCUCUCGGCUGCUGACAGCAGUCCUCAGGCUAGAAGACCUUCAGCAGCAUUAUCUCCAGAAGAUCUGACUGAUACUGAGUGGUAUUACUUAGUUUGUAUGUCAUUUGUAUUCAACAUUGGCCAAGGAUUGCCAGGAAGAACAUUGUCAAGUGGUCAACCUAUUUGGCUUUGCAAUGCUCAUUAUGCAGAAAGCAAAGUUUUCAGUCGUUCACUGCUUGCAAAGAGUGCAUCUAUUCAGACUGUAGUAUGCUUUCCAUUUUCAAGAGGUGUGAUUGAGCUUGGUGUAACUGAUUUGGUAUCGGAAGAACUCAGCCUUAUUCAGUUCAUUAAAACUUCAUUCUCGGAUGGUCCACAGACAUUUGUUUCUAAUAAAUCCAUUCCUGUCGCUGGAAGAACAGGAUACAAGAAAGAUUUUUCUUGUCCAUCUCUUUUAGGCUGUGAACAACAAGAAAUGGCUUCUCCCAAUGACAGUUCGGAUGGCUAUGAGCCUAACCAACCAGCAGAAGAUCCAUUCAUGAUUGAAGGGAUAACUGAUGGAGUUUCUCAAGUACAAAGUUGGCAAUUCAUGGAUGAGGAGUUCAGCAAUUGUGUCGACCAUUCCUUGAAUUCCAGUGACUGCAUAUCUCAAACCGUUGUGGAUCAUGGUAAUGCUGUUCCUCUUAGCCAGGGAGAAAAAGAUAAUGACAAUGAACUGACCUCUUUAAAUCUUCCAAGUGAUGAUCCGCAUUACCAAACAGUUCUCUCAGCCCUAUUAAACAGCUCGCACCAGUUGAUUUUGGGACCACACUUUCGAAACUCUAACCAGGAAUCCAGCUUUGUCAGCUGGAAGAAAAAUGGCUUAGUGAAGUCUCAGAAAGCAAGAGAUGAAACCCCUCAAAAGUUAUUGAAGAAGAUAUUGUUUGAAGUUCCUCAUAUGCAUGAUAAAGGAUUGCUUGAAUCUCCAGAAGAUAAUGGUGCUAGAGAUGCAGCUUGGAGACUAGAGGCUGAUGAAAUUUACGGAAACCAUGUCUUGUCCGAGAGGAGGCGGAGAGAAAAAAUAAAUGAACUAUUUAUGAUUCUCAAAUCACUGGUCCCUUCAAAUAGCAAGGCUGAUAAAGUUUCUAUACUAGAUGAUACAAUAGAAUACCUACAAGACCUCGGGAGAAGGGUUGAAGACUUGGAAUCUUGCAGAGAGUUAACAGAUUUAGAGGUAAGAACGAAAAGAAAACGUCAGGAUCAUGUAGAGCGAACAUCCGAUAACUACGAUGAUAACAAAAUCACCAUCAGAAAGAAAUCAUCCCCAAAUAAAAGGAAAGCCUGUGAUAUUGAUGAAGUUGAGCAGGAGAUUGACUAUGUUGCGUUUAAAGAUGAUUCAACUAAUAAUGUAACUGUCACUGUCAGUUUGAACAAGAAGGAUUUUCUAAUUGAGUUUAGUUGUCCUUGGAGAGAAGGAAUUUUGCUUGAGAUAGUGGAUGCACUAAGCAUUCUCAAUUUGGAUUGCCAAUCAGUUCAGUCAUCAACCACUGAGGGGAUUCUCUCCCUGACUAUAAAAUCCAAGUACAAAGGAUCAACUGUUGCAAAACCAGGGACAGUCAAGCAAGCAUUGCAAAGAGUUGCUUGGAAGUGUUGAAGCAUAUCUUCUGACCGACAAUGAUAAGAGUUAUUUGUUGUAGAUUUCCCAUCUUCUUUUGUAAAAUCCAGUGCCAUGGAAGGUUCUGCAGAUGAUAGGUGCCACAAACAAGAAGGUUUUUCCUCCAUGUAGGUUAGUAAAAUAAAGGGAAACAAACCUAGUUUUUGGAACCUUGUAAUUUUCUUACAGGACAGCAAUUAACACCCACCUUUCACCGCUUCCUUGUAACUGUAACAGGAAAAUAUCAAACUGGAACCUGAAAAAUUUUAUCAUCUUUCUGAGGUGGUAUUAAGUGAAUUAUCGAAGA